AUGGCUGAUAAGCUGUCUACUCAGCUUUUUGGAACAUUCUUCCUAUUCUUUGUGCUUCAACUUUCUGUGAUAAAGUCUGUAGAACUUGAAUCUGUUCAGAAUCUUGAGCAAGCACAGAAAGGAGACACUAUGAAUGGGGUCAAUCAAAUCAAGAAAUACCUCAAGACCUAUGGCUACUAUCACCACGACACCAAGCAUACGCUUGACGAUCAGUUCGACGACCCUUUGGAGUCUGCUCUUAAAACAUACCAGGAAUACCUUGGUAUAGAUGUAACUGGCAGGAUCGACUCUGAUACAAUACAAGCAAUGCUGACCCCUAGAUGUGGUGUCCCUGAUGGUUUGGUUUCUAACUAUAGUUUCCCGGGAGCCCCGUACAAGUGGAGGACGAGGAAUCUUGCUUGGAGUAUCCGAAAUUCUGUCACUGGAUUUACUGAAGCUACACUGAGUCCCAUCUUUGCCGAGGCAUGGAAAUCGUGGGCAGAUGUUUCUCCGUUCAGCUUCAGGGAAGUGAAGAACAACGUCAGACACGAAAUCGAUAUCGGAUUUUUCCCAAAUAAUCAUGGGGAUGGUAACCCUUUUGGUCGUGCAUUCGCUCAUGCUUAUUAUCCAACAGAUGGCAGGGUUCACUUUAAUGAAAAUUGGAAUUGGACCUCUAAUCCUACUAAAGAAAAAAGUAAAGUAGAUGUGCAAUCAAUUGCUGUGCAUGAAUUCGGACAUGCUCUCGGCCUUGACCAUAGCAGCGAGAAAGCUGCCGUCAUGUAUGCAUUUUUUAAUCCUGGAAUUAUGAAAAGGGACCUGACCGAUGAUGACAAAAAGGGUAUAAAAGCUCUGUAUCCUAGUUGA